UAUAAUUUUUCAUUAGUGUUUCUAUUUUAUAGUGCUCUAAUAUAAUAAAUAAAAUGACUGGAAUUGAAGAAAAAAAAUCCGAUAAUGAUCUUAAAAGUGGCUUUAAUAGUACAUUUGGCAGAUCCAUGUUGAAAUAUAUUGUAAGCAUUGCUUCAUCAGAUUCAGAUUUUAACACUGUUUUAAGUGAGUGGAUUAAAAAAUCUCUUGAAGAUCCAGCAACUUGCAAAGAAACUAUUGUUGAGGUUGGUGUUGCAUCAUUGAAGCAUUUCUUACAAGCUAAUUGGACUGGUCCUAAAGAAUUUACAUUUAAUAAUGAGGAAUUUAAUGAAGUCAUUCUUUCUCAGGAGAUAUCUUCAUGUGCAAUACUUGCAUUGGAAAAAGAUGGGGAUGAUCUGUAUCAGCUUUUAUUUCAUCCAAUUUUAUUGCAAAUUGCAAAAAUCAUUUUACUGGAUUUGAGGUUAUUCUUUUCAGAUCAGGUGCUUAUUUGGUCAGUGAAAUGUCUUUCAACAAUUUUAGAAGUAGUUCAAGAAGUCAAUGACCAACAUUUAAAAAUAUUAAAUGAACUCUAUGCAGCUGUGGAUUGUGAUGGGAGUUCAUUUUACUUGCAAGCCAAAGAGGUUCAAGCAGAAUUCUUUCUCGAUGUUUCGCAUUGUUUUUUGAGGUUGUAUGACUUUGACAAGUGCAAGGAAUGUCAUUUAAAAGUGCAAAAAAUAUUACAGAUUGAUUUGGCACUUACCGCAUCAUUGGGUAAAAGAACAAAGUUUCAAGAAAACAACCUUCCUCAGAUGAGACUUGAUAUAAAUCUAAAUGAAUCAAGAGAAAUUGUAACAAGUCAUGGAGAAGUAACUAAAGAGUUACCAACAGAUAUAACUUUAAAUGAUGAUACUCUGCUACCACACAUAAAGUUCAUUGAUCAAAGUUCUUUGAAUUAUGUAAAUAUUUCUCCAAUCGAUCAAGCAUUCAUUUUAUCGACAUGUAUUUAUCUUCAUAAAUCUCGCCCUCGGGAUAAACUUACUGUUGAAGAAGUGAUGCCAUAUAUAGAAUGUGUUUUACAAGCUCCAAAAGUGUGGUCAAUUCAGUACAAGUGUUUGUAUCUCAGAUGUUUACUUGAAUUUGCUAGCACGAGAAAAAUGGAGCGAUCUAUCACUCAGUUAGAAGAAUUACAUAAUACAUACACAAAAAAUGUACCAGAGGUUUCAGAAAGACAAAUUCUUAUGCAUAGUAUUGGUUUGCAACCAAUCUGGAAGUGCGAGCAAUCUCAAGCUGAGUUACUCUUAUCCUGUGGGUUUACAGAUAGUGCACUUGAAAUAUUUUUACGUUUACAUUUGUGGGAUGAUGUAAUUGUUUGCUAUCAACGUCUUGGAAAGCAUGGUAAAGCCGAGAAGAUUAUUCGUAAUCAAUUAGCUAUUAGAGAAACAGCUGUACUAUGGUGUCUUCUUGGUGAUGCAACAAUGGAUAUUCAAUAUUAUGAGAAAGCUUGGACUGUAUCUAACUAUCGUAGUGCUCGGGCACAGCGAUCUAUUGGGCUAUCUUAUUUGCGUAAACAGAUGUUUGCAGAGGCCAUACCCUACCUUCAAAAAUCUCUAGAUUUAAAUUGUCUACAACCAAGUGUAGCUUUCUCACUUGGUUGUUCUUGUAUGGCUACAAACCAACUUGAUUUGGCAACUAAAGCAUUGCAACAGUGUUGUUCACUAGAUCCUGACAACUCUCAAGCAUGGAAUAAUCUUGCAUCAUCUUUUAUAAGAUUAAAUCAUAUUCAAAAAGCAUUCAGAGCUCUCAAAGAAGCUACACGUCUAUCUUAUGAUAACUGGAAAAUUUGGGAAAAUUUUUUGCUGGUUUCAACAGAUAUUGGAUCUUUUGAAGAUUCUAUUAAUUGUGUAAAUCGUCUUGUUGAACUUAAAAGGAAAACUAUAGAUUCUGAGGUACUAAGAAUUUUGGUUGAUGUUGUAAAAGAAAAAAUUGAAGAUAAAAAUGGCCUAAAGGCUGAUAGAUUAAAAGACAGAUUACAGAAAAUGUUUGCUUAUGUAACAUCACAGAUAACAAGUGAUCCAUACAUUUGGGAAAAUUACGCCAGACUUACAUUGAUUGAUGCAGAUCUUGAGAAACAAGAAAAGGCAUUAGAUUUGCUGUAUAAAUCCCAUCGCUGCUUUACACAACAUACUGAAUGGGAAAAAAAUGAAAAAGAACUUGGAGCAGUUAUUAGAGUCACCAGAAUGAUGAUUAAAGCUACAAAAGAUGUUACCAUGUCAACAGAGUUAAAAGGAAGAGCAGUAACAUUGUGUACAACUUCAAAAAUGUGUGUUACAAAUCUCAUUAUAAGAUUAAAGAAAGCAUUUACUGACAUUGACAAUCAGAUAUUUCCAUCAGUUAAACCGUUCAUUGUGGAAUUAGAAGAACAUGUAAAUGAGUUACAGGAGCUUCUGCUUCAAUUUUGAAAGUCGACCAUCAUUGUUAAAAUUUUUAUUGGAUAAAUUUUGAUUGAAACAUCAAUAAAAAAAAUCUACUGUUA